AUGCCCCGAGUCUGUCAAAGAAACGGGCGCUGUGAGGCCAUCCGCAUGCUGCUGGCUGACCAGGGCCAGAGCUGGAAGGAGGAGGUGGUGACCAAAGAGGACUGGCUGCAGGGCCCCCUCAAGGCCUCCUGUCUGUACGGGCAGCUCCCCAAGUUCCUGGAUGGAGACCUUACGCUGUACCAGUCCAACACCAUCCUGCGGCACCUGGGCCGCUCCCUCGGGCUGUAUGGCAAGGAUUCACGGGCAGCGGCCCUGGUGGACAUGGUGAACGAUGGUGUGGAGGACCUGCGCCAGCGCUGCGGGCACCUCAUCCACCAUAACUACGAGGAGGGCAAGGCCCAGUAUGCCCAAGAGCUGCCCGGGCACCUGAAGCCCUUUGAGACCUUGCUGGCCCAGAACCAGGGGGGCCAGGCCUUCAUCGUGGGCGACCAGAUCUCGUUUGCUGACUACAGCCUGCUGGACAUCCUCAUGACCCAUCAGGUCCUGGUCCCUGGCUGCCUGGAUGCCCUGCCCCUGCUGUCGGCCUACGUGGCGCGGCUCAGCGCUCGGCCCAAGCUCAAGGCCUUCCUGGCCUCCCCGGAGCAUGUAAACCGUCCUGCCUUUGGAAGCCGGAAAAUAUGA